AUGAGAUCAAAUAUCGUCAAUAUUCUUCUUCUUCUACUACUCAGUAUGUUGCCCAUAACAGAAGCGCGCGGCUGGAGUGGUGGUUUGGGCCGAGCCGGCGGCUGGGGCCGCCGAGGAAUGGGAAUGGGCCGUGGAUGGGGCCGAAGGGGAUUCAACUUUCCUGGACGUGGAAUGGUCUUCGGAAGAGGCUUCUGGGGAUAG